AUGAAAAAAGAGGUGUUGCAAUUAGCAGCUUUUGAAGCUGUCGAUUUAACUGAGAAGUUAUUCAACGAAACUGAAAAACAUAUGGCGGAAGAACUAACCGACGUUUCUUUUAAAUCUUCCGAAUUUGCUUGGCUUCAAUAUACUUAUGCGGAUCAAUAUGCUAAAUAUAUUUCAUUUGCUGCUAUAUCCUCAAAUCUCGCUGCAAAAACAAUUAUAGAAAAAUCACAUAAGAAAGCCAAACAUGGUGUUAGUUUCGUGCCAGUUGAAGGAACAAAAAUGAAAGAAAUUUGCCCGAUUGAUCACAUUGAAGAAUGCAUUAUUGGAAAAUAUCGGUCCUACACUGGCCACUGUAAUAAUAUCAAAAAACCUAGAAGUGGGGCAGCAUAUGAGAAAUUGCGCCGAUUUUUGCCGGCAGAUUACGGAGAUGGGAUUUCCAGUGUUCGUUUAUCCGUAUCUGGUAAUGAACUUGCUUCCCCUCGAGCUCUGUCAUCACUUUUUACUCCAUCACCUUCUGGGCAUGCCGUUUGUUCGUUGUUGCUUGCUCCAUUCCUUUCAUUCAUUUACGAUGAUAUGGUCCACGUACCGUCAAAUCGAAUAUUUAAACGUGAGUGA